GUGAGUUCAUUCCCCGGAGCCGAGCAGACUGAGCGCAGUCGAUACGUUUCUACCUUCCGUUGGUUUCCACCAGCUCGAAUCAGCGAGACAACGGACGGAGCUUUCACCGAGCCCGGCCAUGGACGAGCAGGCGGGGCCCGGCGUGUUCUUUAACAACAAUAACAACUCCGUUUUACCGGGCGGAGGCAAAGGACCGCUGCCCGACGGAGACGCUGGGGAGGCGGCUAGGGCGCAGUACAGUAUCCCGGGGAUCCUUCACUUCCUGCAGCACGAAUGGGCCCGCUUCGAAGUGGAGAGAGCACAGUGGGAGGUGGAGCGGGCUGAAUUACAGGCCCAAAUCGCCUUCCUGCAGGGAGAGAGGAAAGGCCAGGAGAACUUGAAAAAAGACCUGGUGAGGAGGAUCAAAAUGUUGGAGUACGCUCUGAAGCAAGAGAGAGCGAAGUACCACAAGUUAAAAUAUGGGACAGAGUUAAAUCAAGGGGACAUGAAGCCUCCCAGCUAUGACUCGGAUGAGGCCAACGAGAACGAGUCCACCGGAUCUCUCAACAAUCAGCUGUCCUGGAAACAAGGCCGACAGCUCCUCAGACAGUACCUACAGGAGGUGGGUUAUACAGACACCAUCUUAGACGUGAAGUCUCAGCGUGUCCGAGCGCUGCUGGGACUAGCUGGAGAUGGAGGAGGGAGGACAGGAGAAAGAACCGGGACUGAACCUCUGGUCAAUGGGACAGACACAACGGCAAAGGGCAUGGGCACCAGAGGCAGUAAAGCCGAGCUGUCGGACAGCAGUGCCGUGCUGGAAGCUUUCAAGUUCAUCGAGAAUGCAGCAGCCGAGUUCAGUGACGAAGACGAGGAAGACGAUAGCGAGGGGAAGAACGUGGAAUCCAGGACGAUCCUGAGGAAGAAGCCCCCCUCGUCAUCGUCGUCCCCAGCCAGUAUGGACACCAGUGAGGACCCUGACACAGAGGAGGCGCUGAAGGGCUUCGACUUUCUGUCCAGUCCUGAUGAGAUGGACACCUCGCCAGAGUCUAGAGGCAACGGGGACGGCACAGACUGGGACAAGGACGAGCAAGGUCCCAUUUCUGAGGCCUGGGACGUGGACCCGGGCCUGAUAACCAAACUGAAGGAGCAGUACAAAAAGGAGCGCAAGGGGAAAAAGGGGGUGAAGAGGCCAAACCGGUCCAAGCUUCAGGACAUGCUGGCUAACCUCAGAGAUGCGGAGGAUUUGUCCCACAUGCAGCCUCCGUCCACGCCCCAGUCAAGGCCGAACGCUGUCCGCUUCAAUGAGCAUGAACCCAACCGGACUGAUGAAGUCGAGGCGCUGACCUUCCCGCCUACCUCGGGGAAAUCGUUCAUUAUGGGCGCAGACGAGGCCAUGGAGAGCGAGCUGGGGUUAGGCGAGCUGGCCGGGCUCACCGUCGCCAACGAGGCCGACAGUCUGGCGUAUGAUAUUGGAAACAACAAGGACGCCAUGAGGAAAACAUGGAACCCAAAAUUCACCCUGCGGAGCCAUUUUGACGGGAUCCGAGCUCUGACCUUUCACCCUGUGGAGCCCGUACUCAUCACCGCCUCAGAGGACCACACGCUGAAGAUGUGGAACCUGCAGAAGACCGCUCCUGCCAAAAAGAGUGCAUCUUUAGAUGUUGAACCCAUCUACACCUUCAGAGCCCACAGGGGGGCAGUACUGAGUGUGGUGAUGAGCUCUUCAGGGGAGCAGUGUUUCAGUGGAGGGGUUGAUGGGACUAUCCAGUGCUGGAACACCCCCAACCCCAACAUCGACCCCUAUGACUCUUACGACCCGUCGAUGCUGCGUGGAGAGCUGUGCGGACACACUGACUCUGUUUGGGGUUUGGUGUACAGCAGCGCUCACCAGCGCCUCCUCUCCUGCUCUGCAGACGGGACCGUGAGGCUAUGGGACGCCAACACCACCUCCCCCGCCCUCGCCGUGUUCAACGAAGACAAAAACCUUGGAGUUCCCUCCUCAGUAGACCUGGUGUGCAGUGAACCUGCCCACCUCGUCACCUCCUUCACAAACGGACAGAUCGGACUCUUCAACAUGGAGACCCGUCAGCUCGUCCUCAGCCUGGAGUCCAAUCUAGAGCCAGGCUCUCCGUGUCAGAUCAACAAAGUCCUCAGCCACCCGACUCUCCCCAUCACCAUCACGGCUCAGGAGGACAGGCACAUCAAGUUCUUUGACAACAACAGCGGGAAGCUGAUCCACUCCAUGGUCGCUCACCUCGACGCCGUCACGAGUUUAGCCGUGGAUCCAAAUGGACUCUAUCUUAUGUCGGGCAGUCAUGACUGCUCCAUCCGUCUGUGGAACCUGGAGAGUAAAACGUGCAUCCAGGAGUUCACGGCUCACAGGAAGAAGUUCGAGGAGUCGAUCCACGACGUGGCGUUUCACCCGUCGAAAUGCUACAUCGCCAGCGCCGGAGCAGACGCUCUCGCCAAAGUGUUUGUAUGACGUGGAGCUGCGUCUUUACCUGCAGCUCUGCUCACUGACUCCGCCUCCCGUGAUCAGGGACCAAUAGAGACACAGGAGGCACGGGUCCAGCCCCGCCUCUCACAGCCCUCUGGUUUCAUGUCAGACUGUUAGACCAUGUAGCCGCUAGCCUCAAACGGGCCAUGACUCUCCGUACAGAGGAGAGGGGAGGAGGAGAACUGACCAAGUCCCUCAUCGACCAUCCAGGCAGGCCUGGGUGAACCUCCCCCAACCCCCCCUCCUAGACAGACUUAACCUCUGCAGCAGGGAGGCUCAGGACAAGCGUUAAAGAGACCAGAGAGGAGAACCGCCCUGUGACUUCACACUCUGAACCUUCUGACCUCUCCUCUCAGACUAACCCAGUCCUUUUGCUCUGAGUCGGGCUUCGUCUCCAGAAGUUCGGGGUACUGAAAGUUCGCUGGAGCUGUCGUGGAAGCCUCUCACUCCCUCUCCUUCUUCUUCUUCUUCUUCUCUGCUUCCUGGACGGACUCUGCUUGCUGGCCUGCCUUUAUUUUCCUUUUUAAAACACGUUUCGACAAAUGUGCCUUUGCUUUAAAAAGGUCUGGGAUGAUGUUAUUUUAACAAGCUUUGUUUCGGGGAGGGGACGGAGACGGAGAAUUGGAGCCGGUUAUCACAAUGUUGUCGAUUUUAAACAUUGGAUGUAAAAUUACAAAUGCUUAUAAUAAACAAAAUAUAUAUUCAGUCUUAAAAUUUACUGUGCAGCGUGAGUUUGAGUGCUCCUUUUGAUAAGUGUGGUUGGGGAAUCAAUUUUGUGCAUUUCACAGCAAAGCUGGUAGACUAAUACAGACUAUUUAAUAUAUACCGUCUGUUCAUUAGAGGUAAUUGUACGAUUACAGACAUAAGUGUCCAAAGUAAACCAUCUUGGUUAUUUAAUUACAAUCAGACUUGGUUCUAGAUGUCCAUAUUAGGAGUUGAUUUUGGCCACUUUGCUCCUGUUUGAAUUGAAUGGCUUGUACUGUAUGUAGUUUUCCCCAACCGUGUGGACAUGCUCGACGACAGCGUGAUGUAUCAUGUCCGGAUAUUUACAGUAGUCCAGUGUUUAGCAGGAAAUUAGUGCAGUACUGUAGGACUGUUUGAAAUAAUGAGUUAACCAUCACACACCGAAGGAAGAGAAAUGUCCGAGAUGUUGCGAUUUGCUGUAAACUGUGAGGAGAGAAACAAUCCUGGGUUUAAAAGACGAAUCAAUCAAGAUGUUGUACGAGUGGAGUACGACUUCAAUGAGCCAUUUUCUCAGUCACUGGUUUGUAUAUGAAAGUAUGUUCAAAUAAAACCUGCUGUAAAACCA